GGACAUGGAACCUGGAAACACUCAAUACCAGACGCUAAUAAGGGAUGAUGUGCCACUAAAAAAUGCCAAGUCAAGCCUCUAUCCGCAGGGCGCUAGGGCGUUUCUCUCGGCGGAGCUGUCACCUAAAAACAUUGGGGGGUGUAACGGCGAUAUCCGGGCGGGAAUCUGGAACCUCAUAGACAGAGUUGAGCUGUUGGCAUGUGCUCCAUGCUAUUAAUACAGCCCGAUACAGUUGCAGCUAAGAUAAACACGAGAUAGAUAAUGCAAAAUACCGUA